AUGUCAAAGGGCAAGACGUAUUUACUCGUGUCGCUGCCGACGUCCAUUUCGCCGUCAAACCACGUCGACGAAGCUCUCACAGCUCUGCGCAGCACCGUGACCAAUGACGUAGGGACCACCUCCCCCUUUGCCAUACCCAACUUCAAGAUUGGCACUCUGGAUGCGCUCGUACAGCAGGCGGAUGAUCUGGCCAAGCUGAAUUCCGUGUGUGAGGGUGUGGUUGGCAAGGUGGGGGAGAGCCUAAGGCAGAUAUUGGACGGAGACGAAGGGAAGGUGCAACAGCAGAAGACAAUCAACGACAAGCCAGUCGACCAGUACCUGCGGAGUUUCCAGUGGAACAAGGUCAAGUAUCGCGCAGACAAGCCCAUCAAGGAUCUGAUAGACUCGCUACAAAAGGAAAUCCAAGGCAUUGACAACGACGUCAAAUCCAAAUUCUCCCAAUAUACCCAGACCAAAUCCGCCCUCGCAGCCGCAGAACGCAAACGCACCGGGAACCUUGCCACCAAAUCCCUUGUCAACAUUGUCCCUCCUUCUGCCCUCGUCCGCGACUCAGAAUACCUCGAAACACACCUAGUCGCUGUUCCCAACACUGUCGUCAAGGACUUUUACAAGCAAUACGAAGAGCUAUGUCCGAUGGUUGUACCACGGUCGGCAAACAAGUUGGCAGCGGAUGGCGAAUUCACGUUGUUCAGCGUCAUAACGUUCAAAAAGUAUUCGACAGAGUUUGUACAUAAGUGCAGGGAGAAGCGAUGGACACCGAGAGAUUACAAAUACAAGGAAGGUGGUAAGGAAGAGGAAGCCAAGGAGGCAGAUCAAUUAGCGAAAGAUGAGAGGAAGCUUUGGGGCGAGGCGCUCCGGUUGGGCAGGACGGGAUAUAGCGAGAGCGCCAUGAUAUGGAUCCACGUACUUGCGUUAAGAGUGUUUGUUGAGACGGUGCUACGGUAUGGAUUGCCGUUGGAUUUUGUGUGCGGAAUUGUGCAGACGGACCCAAAAGCAGCAAAGAAAGCAAAAGCGAACCUCGAUGCAGCAUACUCGUACCUCGGGGGAAACGCAUUCGGCCGCGAUAACAAGGGUCGUAUCAAGAAGGACGAUACGGCCACGACGAACGAUAUGCAACAAGCAGGUCAUUUGGUGGACCAAGAGUACACAGCAUACGUCUACUAUGAAUUUGAGGUUGUGUAG